AUGGCCGCCUCCACCCUGUCCGCCUGCUCCAGCGACCUGAGCUACGGCAGCCACGUCUGCCUGCCCGGUCCCUGUCACCCCUGCACCGGCUCCUCCUGGCAGUGGGACCACUGUCCAGAGAGCUGCUGCGAGCCCCCCUGCUGCGCCCCCAGCGGCUGCACCCCCGCGCCCCGCCUGGCCCUCGUCUGCACCCCGGCGAGCUGUGAGCCCAGCCCCUGCCUGUCAGGCUGCACCAGCUCCUGCACCUCCUCCCCCUGCCAGCACGCCUGCUGUGUGCCCGUCUGCUGCAGGCCCGUCUGCUGCAGGCCUGUCUGUUGCACACCCAUCUGCUGCAGGCCUGUCUGUUGCACGCCUGUGUGCUGCGAGGCCUCCCCCUGCUCGGCCGCCUCGUGCUGCCAGCCCAGCCCCUGCCCCUCGUCCUGCUGCAGACCCUCGUCCUCCGUGUCCCUCCUCUGCCGGCCCGUGUGCCGCCCCGCCUGCUGCGUGCCCGUCUCCUCCUGCGGGGCCCCCGCCUCCUGCUGCCAGCCCAGCUGCUGCCGCCCGGCCUCCUGCGUGUCCCUGCUCUGCCGCCCCACCUGCUUAUGA